AUGGUCAGGAAGAAUAGAGGCUCGGUAUUACCGAAUAAUAUCAUUUUACUUCAAAAUUUGGUUAAGAGGGAUCCUGAAUCUUAUCGUGAAGAGUUUUUACAGCAAUAUUCUCAUUAUGAAUCCUUACGUGAUAUCUUCAUUAUGAAUUCUAUGAACCAGAAUACUAAUUCUGCUGGAUCUGCUGGUAGCUCACUAACCGAUAGUGGUUCUAUUGAUCAAUUUGCAGAGUUAAUUGGAUUCAUUUCUCAUGCAUGCAGCUGUUAUCCAAAUGAAACCGUAAACUUUCCAAAUGAGCUUAAACAGCUGUUAUUGGACCAUCAUCGUGCUCUCCCGUUUGAUGUUAAGGAUAAAAUCGUUAGUUCUUUGACUAUGUUGCGUAAUAAGAAUGUGAUCACUCCAGAAUCGUUAAUACAGGUGCUUUUCCCACUAUUGGUCGCAUAUUCAUCUUCGCAGAGCAGUAACAUGGCUUUAAACUCUCAUGCUAAGGAAAUGCGGAAGACUGUAUACAACAACGUUGUUUCGCUAAUGAAAAGCUGCAAUACUGGAACUAAAAACCAGAAGCUGAACAAGUCAACGCAGGCUAUUUGCUUCAACCUUCUGGAGCAGCCUGAUUCACAAGGUAUAUGGGCUACCAGACUAACUAGAGAGUUGUGGAGACGUGGUAUCUGGGAUGAUUCCAGGGCAGUCGAAAUAAUGACACAUGCGACUCUUCACGACGAUGUCAAAGUUGCAAACUCCGGUGUGCUCUUCUUCCUAGGUGCCGAUCGUGAGAGGGAGGAGAACUUUGAAGAGGAUUCAGACGAAGAUGACGAGAUCAACGUCCAGUCUCUAAAGCAUAAGUUGAAGAUCAAUAAGAAGUCCAGUAAGCGUGGUAAGAAACUGGAAAGUGUCGUUAAGCAUAUGAAGAAGAAGAACAGCAAGAAGGGCAACCCACAAGGAUACUUGAAUUUCAGUGCCAUCCACCUUCUACGCGAUCCUCAAGGUUUCGCAGAAAAGCUGUUUACGAAGCAUCUUGCAGGUAAGUCGAGCACCAAGUUCUCAAUGGAGCAGAAGAUAUCUCUGAUGCAGUUAAUCUCUAAGCUAAUUGGUACCCAAAAAUUGCUUGUCUUGGGAAUCUACAGUUACUUUUUGAAGUACCUAACGCCAAAGCAGACAGAUGUCACGAAAAUUCUCGCCACAGCUGCCCAGUCCUGUCAUGAUUUGGUGCCUCCCGAAAGCAUCUCCUUGAUGGUGCGAAAGAUAGCUGAUGAGUUCGUAUCUGAAGGUGUGUCCUCAGAGGUCUGCGCUGCAGGUAUUAACACCAUUAGAGAGAUCUGUGCUCGUGCACCACUGGCUAUUGAUGAGGUUUUACUACAGGAUUUGGUCGAGUACAAGGGCUCCAAGGCAAAGGGUGUGAGCACAGCGGCCAAAUCUCUGAUCUCGCUAUAUAGAGAAGUUGCUCCUGAGAUGCUAAAGCGCAAAGACAGAGGUAAGACAGCAUCCAUGGAACUACAAGAGCAGAAGCGCUCUAAUACUGCCCCAGCCAACAGACUGCAGUUCGGUGUCGAGAACAACGUACAGGGUAUUCAAGGUAUCGAGUUGCUUGCCAAGUGGGAGAAAAACAACGCCAAUUCGAACGCCGAUGAAGACGACGCCAACUGGGAAGUAGCAUCCGAUAGCGAUAUCGAAGAGAUUGACGGCGAAUGGGUCACUGUAGAAAGUGACAAAGAGUACAACGUGAACAUGAGUGACAGCGAUAGCGAUCUCGAACUCAGCGAUCAAGAAGAUAAACCAGAAGAAACCCUGAAUGAAGAAACCGCAUUCAAGCAACUGGCAUCCUCAAGAAUCCUCACCCCUGCAGAUUUCGCCAAACUGCAGGAACUGCGUACCGAGAAGGGUAUUGCCAAAAUGAUGGGCAUUAAGAACGAAGAAACCGUUGACUCCGAAGCGCUUGUUGGUUCUGUCAAGUACAAAGAAAAUAAGGAAGAGAGACUACAACGUGUACAAGAAGGUCGUGAAGGCCGUGAUAAAUUCGGUAGCCACAAAAAGCAUAGAGGUACCGAGGGCAGAUCUACCACUAACCGUGAGAAGCAAAGAAAGAAGAACUUCGUGAUGAUGAUCCACAAGAGAUCGGUUCAAGGUAAGCAAAAGAUGUCUCUCAGAGACAAGCAGAAGGUUCUACGUGCCCACAUCACCAAGCAAAAGAAGAAGGGCCACUAA